CUCUCCUUCCCCCCCCAGCCCAGGAGCAGAGCAAAGAAAGUUAGAGCGGAGCCAGCCAGCCAGGCGGGGGGGCUGCUGGUAAAAUCAAAGUGGGGAGACCCGUCCCAAAGGGAAGCGGGGGCGGAUCGGAGUGAGGGCAUGGAGCAGCCAGGCUGCCUGGCAUGCUCCUGUCUGGGGGGUGCUGGACAAGGUGGGCUUCCCCUUGCAGUGUUUUGCAAAAGGAGUGAAAUCGCUGGCUCCCCAUGCACCCCGCAAGCGGCGGCCGGAGGAAAGAGUGACUGCGUUGAAGCGUGCGGUUUCUGCUUGCUUUUUUCUCUCUCCCUCAUCCCCCGGGAAUUUUCCUCCUGGGGAAUGUCACUGGCAUGCAUCAAAUUGCCUAGGUCAGGACAACAGAUGCUGCUACGAGUGGAAACAAGUUUUGCCACUUGGAAGACUUAAAAAUGAAAGACCUAUGUUCAAGAAGAGUGACAAAUCCAUAAACCAGGGAGUUCAAAGGUUCUUCCAGACCAUCUGGCACACUAGCAUCAUCCUCAAUGACUUGAAGAAGGGUUUUAUUUUGCCUUUCAUCAAAAAGGGCAGCAAGGCUGAAGGGAGUAACUACCGAGAUAUGUUAAUCACCAAAAAAGGAAUGCUGCUACACUGUCGGCAAUCUCAUUGUCACCAAAAGCUUCAGUGGUGCAGUAAGACUGCCAUUGAUGGAAACAGACUGGACAUCCAACUAAAUUGUCUGAAGAAUCAAGCCAGAGAUCUAUCCAGGGGGUAUUCGAUGUGCAAGGAAGCUAUGUCCCUUCCAAAUUUGCCUUGAUGAUGAUGAUAUGUAUACAACUUUAAGUCAACAAUAAGUACCGAAAAUAAAUCUUAAAAAGACAUUGUUGGGACCAGUUGAACUCAGCAUUUGCAUUUUUUAAAAGCAAAGUUUACAAAAGCUGAGGCUAAUAGAAAUGUUUCCAUGAAUUAUAUUUUUGUUCCUUGCUUUUUUUAAAUUCCUACAUCCAGAUUUUUAAACAAAAAAAUCACAUUUCGUGUUUGGAAAAGAAGCAUUCGACAGCAUGCUAAUCCACCAGAAUAAGGAAGUAAAACUGACUAGUCUAUUUUUAUUUCGCAAAAGGAGAAAUGUAAAAAAUAAACCACCACUACAAAUAGUGACAAAUAAAUUGAAUUUUUUAGAAUUCUCA